AUGGCGUCUUGGAGUCCGGAACCCGACGCGGGAGCCCCGUGCUUUUCUGUCUUCCGGGGGUGCAGCUCCCCGAAGACCGCCUCCGGGCUCCUGGUGGCCUUCUCGGGGCUCGUGGAGCCCCGCGCGCCCGGCCGGCUCAGCAGCGGCUCCUCCGCGCGCGGCGUUUCCACUUCGGAGGGUGCAGUGUCCGGCGGGGCCGCCGCGGCCAAGGGUCCCUGCGUGGGCCUCCCGCGGAACGUGCUCAGCGAGAGGGAGCGCAGGAAGCGCAUCUCGGCGAGCUGCGAGCGGCUGCGGACCUUGCUGCCGCAGUUUGAGGGCCGGCGCGAGGACAUGGCGUCGGUGCUCGAGAUGGCCGUGCAGUUCCUGCAGCUGGCCCGGCGCCUGGCGUCCGGCUGGGAGCAACCUGGCACACUGCAGCUUCCCGUCUCUGCCAAGGACGCGUGGAGCCCAUGGUGCCAGAGCAUCCGGCACCUGACCCUGGCCAGCCAGAGCCCAGCCGCCAAGCCCAGCUCCGAGGCGGACGCUCCCGGCGACACCUCGCGGCAGGACCCGCACCUGGAUGCAGUGCUGGGCACAGAGGAGAGUAAGGCCACACCGGGCCUGGUGAAGGGGCUGGACGUGCUGUCCCCCAGCCCCGGCCUGACUCCUGGCCAGCCACCGAGGCCCGCACCCUGGCAGCCCAGCUUGGGGCAGCUGGCUUCCUCCGAGGCGAGGGAAGAGGCCCCGGGUGUGCAGGGCCCGGCUGGGCAGUCGCUGCGGGCCAGGGGUGCUGCGUCUCCAGGGAGAAAGGCUGAGGAGGCCGAGCUGGCCCUGCCGCGCGUGCCCAGUGCCAGGUCUGUGCCAGGCCCAGAUGUUGAGGAGGGGUCGUCCUUCCUGCUGACCGCUAGCCCCGACUGGUGGCUGGGGUCCCUGGAUAACAGAGGCCGUGGUGCCCCCAGCUGGGCGGCAUCUAGGAGCAGCCUGGUGCCUGGGAUGGAGCCAGGCUUCCCGAGCGACCCAGAGCCUGGUCCUGGCCCCCAGGAGCUCCCGGAUGGCCCCCUGGAGCCGUGGGGCUCAGACGUUGGCGGCUUGGGCCUGGCCCUGAGGGAGGAGACAGACAGCAUUUUCCCCGACUUCCUGGUCUGUUAG